AUGCCACCACGUCGCUACGACCGCUUCGACGGCGAGGGCGGAGCGCUGGAGAUCAACAGUGCCUCGACGCCUAAGACGGGGGCUCCCAUUGCAGCCGAGAGCAGCGAUGCGCCCGUGCCCACGUCGAGGACCAAGGAAACGAGCUCGUACCGUGCCGACAUUGACGGCCUCCGAGCGGUGGCCGUCUCCGCCGUGGUCGUGUACCACAUCGAACACUCCUGGCUGCCGGGUGGCUUUGUGGGCGUCGACAUCUUUUUUGUCAUCUCUGGCUUCGUCGUGAGCGGCUCUUUGUGUUCGCGCUCGUACAACUCACUCGGCGAGUAUCUCUGCGCCUUCUACGCACGGCGCAUCAAGCGGCUGCAGCCCGUGCUCGCCCUCAUGGUCCUCACCUCAGCCAUUGGCGUCGCGCUGCUCCUUCCAAAGGACGUCGUCUUUGAGCGCGAUUAUUACUACACGUCCGCGCAGCUUGCACUCCUCGGAUUGGCCAAUAUCUUCUACUCGAGUAUGGGUACGAGCUACUCGGAUGCGGCGGAUAAUAUCAUGCGCACCGAGUACAAUCCGUUCCUGCACACGUGGUCGCUCGGCGUCGAGGAGCAGUUCUAUCUCCUCUUCCCGCUGCUCGUCGCUCUCGCUCAUGGCGAGCGCGUCGUUCGCGGCGGCACGCGGCACGGCAUGCACACUGCAUCACGUGCCACUGCCCACCUCUCUCGGCUGCUCUCACAAGAGCGCCCCGUGCUCGUCUUCGCGCCGUGCUGCCUCGUGUCCCUCCUCGUCUCUGCGGUGGCGAGCGCACAGCCGCUGCUCGCUCCGUUCGCCUUCUACAUGCUCCCCUCGCGCUUCUGGCAACUCAUGGUCGGCGCGAUGCUGCAGCAUGCCUCGACCUCCGUGCCCCCGCCCGCGGAGUGUGCGGCCGCCGCCAGCGCACGCCCGUCCGUCGCCCGCACCGUGCUGGCCGCGGCCAGCUUGCUCGUGCUAGAGCUCUGCGUGCUCGGCCUCCUCGUGCACGCACUCGCAGCCACGGGUGGCAACAAACACUUCCCGUUUCCAAACUCCCUCCCCGCCGUCGCGGCGGCCGUGGGCCUCAUCGCGCUCGGCUCGAUGGGCCCCGGGAUGCGCCGCGUCGCUCCCUGGCCGCCGCUGCUCACCACGCUCCUCGGAUCCGCGCCACUCGCAUACAUCGGCCGCCUCUCGUACUCGCUCUACCUGUGGCACUGGCCGAUUCUCGUAGCGCUGCGAUGGGCGGCCGGCCCAGAGCGCCUCGCCUACAGCGGCACGGCGGCCGCUCUGACUCUGCUGGUGGCGAUGCUCAGCUAUCAUGGCGUCGAGGAUCGCGCACGCCAUUGGAGGCCACGCCGCGUUCGCAGCGUCUUCCUCUGGUUCGUGGUGGGUCUCUGCGCGCUCGAAGGCGGUCUCUUCGUUCUAGCGGGGCCGCUCAACGGGCGGCUCUACAUGGACGGUCCGCCCGCGGCCACUGCGGGGGCGACCACCCCGUGCUUUGAGCCGGUCGCGGCGUGGGCCGCCCUGCGGCAGUGCAACGAGGGCUCUGAGCCGAGCAACCAGUGCAAGAGCUGGUACGAUUCGCGGAGCACGCUAUACCGGGGUGUCGGAGCCUGCUUCACGCUGCCCCCCGGCUGGAGCGAUGCGGAAGAGGAGCGCGCGCGACGAUGCCUCUCGCCGGUGCGAUCGAGUGGACUGCCUGCCUUCUUUAACAUGGGCGACUCGCAUGCGGGCGCUGUCGAGCUCGGGCUGCAUCAGGCGAUUGGCGGGCGCAUGGUCUUUGCGGGCCUGCAGCGAGGCGCCUGUCCGUGGGGGCCGCAUCAUCCGUGUGAGCAGGACAGAAGAAGGGACGCGCGGGCGUAUCAUCUGGCGGCCACCGACCUCCUGCGCGCCAAUCUCCGCGCGGGCGACGUGGUCUCGAUCAUCAGCGCUCAGAAUGCGCACCUCAAUAACGAGUCUCUCGGCUGGUACGCGCGCGUCGUCAUCCCGAUGCUGAGUGAGCGCGGUGCGAGCCUUUUGCUGCUCGAGGACUACGUGAAGCCUGCAUCCGUCUUCUGCUCGCGCUGGAAGACCCAGAGGGCUGAAUGCGUCGUCUCGCCCACGCAGCACCUCCUCAGCCUCACCGCCGCUGGCAGCCGCUUCGCUCGCGAGCAUGCGGGCGUGUACGCGUGGUCGUUGGCCCCGCUCUUCUGCUCCGAGCCCUUUACGCAUAGCAGCCGUUGCAGCACGUUUGUGCCGGCGAGCAGGCCGAGGGCGGGCUUCAUCGACGGCUCACAUCUCAAUGCCGUCGGCUCCAAGUACCUGUGGCCCUUUGCGUGUGCUACCUUCGAGAGCUUUGGCUUCUUCUCGAGCCCGCUCCCCAUCGCCUCAAACCUCACUCAACCAUCGCCGGACCAGUGA